AUGCCCCGGGUUGCAAUUUUCCCGUUUGGUCGGGGUUCACCGUUUUGCUCGGAAGGGCAAACUAUGCCGAGCAGGGUGGGGGCCCGUGAGGAGCUCCCGUCUAUUCUGGCCGCCUUCCGGGGUAUGCUGACGGCUGAGAUCCUGGUGCUGGACGGCAACGCCGCCCGAGACAACAAGAAGACCCGCAUCAUCCCCCGACAACUCCAGCUGGCUGUCCGCAACGUCGAGGAGCUCAACAAGCUGUGGGCCGGCCCCCGGUCUCCAAUCGCCCAGGGAGGUGGUCCUGCCCAAAAAAUCCAGGCGUGGCUGCUGCCCAAGAAGAGUCCGUCCGCCGCAUCCGCCUCCUCGGGGGAAAUCGUACUGGAAGUAGAGCUCCGCAGCAAUCCUAGGAGAUUACUGCAGCCCCUAAGCCGCUAUCUCCUCUUACCUCCCCGAAUUACAAAGGUCCUUGUGUCAGGGCCAGCAACUGCUUCCAUAGAGAGCUCCGUACACUGCCCUAUGUACACCCGGUUUGUAGCGGGGCAAAGUCUGUCCUCCCUGAGAGCUACACUGUCACGUGUUAGGCAUCUGAAAGCCUCGUUUCAACAUCUAGCCUCGAAGCCGCUGACACAGGUAAACCUCUUAGGCGGCACCGUCUAA